UCUUUACGACGACUAUGACCUGAUCGAACCCCCUGUCAACUUCAAUAUGGAUGAUGAAAUUGCAAAUAGGAGUGAGGAACUACUGCGAGAUAUGUAUGGAAGGACGGUGUCUCUUCUUAGGAGUCACCAUGCGGCUUUGUUCAAAGCAGUGAAGGUUCUUCUGAAUCAAAAGGAGAUCAAUGGAGAGGAAAUUGACUUCAUUUUAAACAUGUACCCUCCUCAAACUCCAUUGAAUCUUGUUUUGGAAGAGGAAAACCCAGGCAAUCUUGCUUUCAUCAAACAGGAACAGGCAGAGGAACAAGAGCAGUUACUGCUAACUCGUUCGACACCAGAAACACUUUGA